AGAAAGAAAAAAAAAAGAAGGAAAUAAGAGGAGUGAGAUGAGGGCAAAUCAUAGGAACAAAGCAAAAUGUUGAGAGUUGAUCCCUAACCUCUGUGUUGCCCUCACCUCUCCUAAUCUCCAAUUCCCUUUCAACUGCAAAUUGAAAUUCAGUUGUGUCUCCCAAAACCAAUCAGAUUCAUCUAUGCCCUAAAACCACCGGAUCAAAUCAAAUCGAACAAAACCAACUCAAUUGCGCGAUCAGAAAGAUUUUUCUAUUUCCAAAGGUUCAUGGUAUUCUCAACUGCUUUUCUCCAUGAAGGGGGCCCCUUUUAUUCUAGAAAAAGGCCAAGGGCAUUAGAUCUUGGACAUCAAGAUAUAGAUUUACAUGCAGAUGCAGAAAGGUGCAUUAGUACUGGUGAUGUUCCCUCUUCCAGUAACACUGACGAUAAAGUUGACCCAGAUUCUGGAAUGGAGAUGAGCUGUCCAUCAAAUGUUAACAAUGGCUAUGUUCCUGUGUGCUCUACCACAGGGAAUAUAUCACACAUGGACCAGAGUUUAUGUGGCUAUGUGCAACAGCCUGCUGUAGUGAGUGGAUGGAUGUAUGUGAAUGAAAGUGGGCAAAUGUGUGGUCCCUAUAUUAAGGAGCAGUUAUACGAAGGCCUAACUACUGGUUUCUUGCCAUCUGAGCUUCCUGUGUAUCCAGUGAUUAAUGGCACAAUAAUGAACCCUGUACCAUUGAAUUACUUCAAGCAGUUCCCUGAUCAUGUUUCCACUGGGUUUGCAUAUCUGAUUAUGGGUAUCUCAGGCACUAGGAUGCCUACAACGGCAGUAUAUGAACAAGGUAGAUCUUUUGAGGCUGUUCCUCUGGCUAGUAACCCAGAUUCGGAAUCUGUGUCACAUUCACAUGUUAAUUACUGCAGUAAGGAAUCCAAUCACUUAAAUCCACACCCAGAGCCAGUCAACAGUUUAAUAUCUUGUCAGAUGUUACGUGAAGAAUGCUGUUGGCUUUAUGAGGAUGAGAAGGGUAUGAAACAUGGGCCCCAUUCUAUCAGUGAAUUGAUUUCUUGGCACAGUCACGGAUAUCUUAAAGAUUCAGCAGUGAUCUUUCAUUAUGAUAAGAAGUGUGACACCUUUGUGCUAUUGUCUGUUGUCAAUGCAUUAAAAGGAGAUACCACUGGAACCAUUUGUAGAUCAGGUUCUAAAAUUAAUGAGGUUGACGAUAUGGUAGAGUUGAUUAGUGAGAUAUCUGAGAACAUUUCUUCCCAAUUGCACAUGAGUAUCAUGAAAGCUGGUCGCAGAGUUGUGCUAGAUGGAAUUAUUGGAGAUAUUAUUGCUGAGUAUGUUACAGAUAAGAAAUGUAAGAGGCAAAAGCUUGAAUCAGUUGCCCAUACUCCUGAAAACAAGAUGGUCAGUAAAGGUUCUGUUAUUCCCAGUGAUCCUGCUACUACUUAUAUUGAUGAUGAUGAGGCUUAUCAUGAAAGCUCGAGACUUCCCUCAGCCAGUUUUAAAUCAGUUGGAAGCGUUGAGAAUUUUUGGUGGUCAUAUGCUGUUGUUCGCAAGGUACUUCUUGCUUAUUGCAUGCAAGUCAUGUGGAAUGCAGUGUUUUUUGAUACAAUAGCAGAUUAUUUAUAUUCUUGGAGGAAGAGGAAGAUUUGGUCUCAUCCUGAGCCUCAACCAUCUACUAAUGCCGAGAAGAUUGAAUCAGAAGCUUUGGUUCACAAGCCAGAUUUCCCUGAAAGCAAUGCUAAUGGCUAUAAUCAGUUUGGAGUAUUAGUAACAAAAGGAAAUCAUCCUCAUUCAUUUUUAUCUCCUAGUGGGUUCAAAGGCGGAAACUUACUGAAAGGUCAAAAUGUUUCUUCUCCUUACAAUGACUCUAAAGAUUUGUCAUUCAUUGUUGAAAGUGUGGAGAAUGAGCUUCACUUCUCUUCGAAGGUAUCUUUUGCUGAUUACAUACGACAUUUUGUUGAGAAGGAAGUGAACAAAAUAGUUCCUUUCCCAGAAGAAAACAAAAUAAAUGAGGUUGCUGUUAGUGACACUUGCUUUUCAGAUAUACUUGCUGACAAAACGUCUGUGAAGGAAAUUCUAAAUGAGAAGUCUUUGGAUUCUUUUGAGGAAGGAAAUUCAUUUGGCAAGUCUGCAUCUGGAAACCUUAUGUCUGAUAUAUUUUCAAAAGCAUUUAAGGAGUUGUGUGGAUAUGGAGAUGAUGUGGUUGAAGAGGAGAGUGAUAACCUACCACCUGGAAUUGAAGAGAAGAGUCAAACAGUUGUCCUACACCGCGAUUUGAAAUUUCGACCUUCGAGGUCAGUUGAAUGUCAUCCUAAGAUCACAGAAUAUGUUGCAACUGCAUUGUGCCGACAAAAAUUGCACGAUGAAGUUCUGGAAGAGUGGAAGUCGUUGUUUCUUGAUUCUGUGCUCGAUCAAGUAUUUAGAUCAAGUACCUUAAAGAAAUAUUUUAUGUCUGAUGGGCAGGAGAAAGGAGAAGCGUUCAAUUCAAGCAAGGAAAAUUUGAAUGGUGCUACUUCUGGACUGGGAAGAAUGAAGGAAGGAGAAAAGAGUUCUGAAGUACGUCUGGUGAUUGGAAAGAAUACUUAUUACCGCAAGAAGCUAUCACGGAAGGAGUUAGUUUCCUCACAGACUGUAGCAGAAAAUGAUUCUAGGCCAGGGAAGAAGCCUGUGGGCAAGUUGAGGAAACUUGUUUGUGGAGAUGUUAGUGAGGCUGUUGAGGUUGAAAUAGCUUCUGUUAAACAUGGAAAGACAAAGAAGAUUAAAGGGAAGAAGGACUCAUGUUCCAAGGGCAGGUCUUCUGUCACUGUCAAUGCUAGCUCACAAAGUGAUCAAUUAUCUUUAAAGAAUAAAGCUGGUCAGAAAGUGUUGAAGUUUUCAGAGAAUGUUGUGAAUGUUGUGAAAUCCACUGUAAAGAAGCUUUCAGUGCCAACUGAUAAUAGCGUUCGUGAGAAGAAGGUUGUCAAAAGUGAUGGCACUGUUAAAGAGAAAGCCACAGGUCAUUCCUCGAGACAGAUUCAAAGUGCAAAUAAUAAAACAUCAAAAUCAAAAAGGAAACAUCAAAUGGAUGGUACAGCAUCUUCACAUCCAACAAAGAUUUUAAAAAUUUCAAAUGGUGGUGCUUUUCUGGAUGGCAGUAAACAAGUUAUUGUGGAAAGGACGAAGUCUGCUAAAUCCAAACCAUUGAACUUGUGUCCUAAAUCUAGUGGAUGUGCUAGGACUUCUAUUGAUGGUUGGGAGUGGCAUAAAUGGUCUAGAAGUGCCAGUCCUGCAUAUAAAGCACGUGUUAGGGGCCUUCCGAGUGUCCAGAACAAGUGCAUAUAUUCUGAAAAUAAUUUAUCUCAGUUGCCAAAUGGUAAGGGUCUUUCUGCAAGAACAAAUAGAGUAAAAUUACGUAACCUUCUUGCUGCUGCAGAGGGUGCGGAUCUUCUGAAAGUGCCUCAAUUGAAGGCACGGAAGAAGCGAUUACGUUUUCAAAGGAGCAAGAUCCAUGACUGGGGACUUGUUGCCUUGGAGCCAAUUGAAGCAGAGGACUUUGUGAUUGAGUAUAUUGGAGAACUAAUUCGUCCUCGGAUAUCAGAUAUACGGGAACGUCAAUAUGAGAGGACGGGAAUUGGAAGCAGUUACCUUUUUAGACUUGAUGAUGGUUAUGUGGUUGAUGCCACAAAGAGAGGUGGAAUUGCUAGAUUUAUUAACCACUCAUGCCAGCCCAACUGCUAUACAAAGGUUAUAUCUGUUGAGGGUCAAAAGAAGAUUUUCAUAUAUGCAAAACGACAUAUAAAGGCUGGUGAAGAAAUAACAUACAAUUACAAGUUCCCCUUGGAGGAGAAAAAGAUUCCUUGCAACUGUGGUUCCAGAAAGUGUCGUGGAUCAUUGAAUUAGGCAUUGAUUGGAUUUUUGAUACUGGUCAUUCUUUUCAAAGCCCACAUGUUAAAUUAUUGAGUGGACAGGAUUUUCAACAUAGGUUAUGGAUCAGCGUCAUUGAUGAUAUAGGCUGCAAUGAAUAAUAUUGAUGAUUGAUAUACAAUUUGGAUUACCUGCUCGUUUGGUGAUGAAUUAAGUAGCUCGUUCAUUCUUGUGGACUUUUUUGUGGCAGAUUAGCUCACAUAGGAAUACCGUUUUAGUUUGCUGAGUUGGAUUGUGCCUACUGGGUCUUGGAUCUGCCACUGGUCAUCAUAGAGCUUGGCUGCACUUGUUGGCCUUUCGGAUUAUAAAACAUCAAGCAAACUCAACUGAAUAAUCUAGUGGUGUGCCUUGUCACAGAAGUUUAAGGAUGAACCGGUUCAUUGUUUUGCAUCUAUGAUCAUCUAAGUGGGUAUUCCCAUAAUCUUUCAAGUGCUUGAUUUUCUUCUUUCAUACUGGCAAUUGCCAUUUUCAUACAAAAUGGUCAUGUAUUUUGAGCAAUUAACUCCGCCUGUGUCUCAUAAUAAAACACAGCCGGUCCCCAGCCCGGACAAAGGAGGAGGGUUGCAAUUUCAAGUUUCUGAUGAAAAUUAAGAUAUAUCUUUAAGUUAAUGAAAAUACUACAUGUUUCGUAUAAAUAUUUCACUUACCAUGGCGCAUAAUCUAUGGCUUAAUUUUGUAUGGUCAAAAUAAUUUAUUCAUAAUAUCGUGUUUGUUUUGUU